AUGCGGCGCCAGAGGCUGGUCGCCGCGCGGGCGGCGGCGGCGGUGGGUCAGAAGACCGCGCCGUGGUUCAGCGGCGUGGAGGUGGAGAUGGCGCCGCCCGACCCGAUCCUGGGGAUCACGGAGGCCUUCAAGGCUGACGGUAGCGCCGACAAACUCAACCUGGGGGUGGGAGCCUACCGCACGGAGGAGCUGGCGCCGUACGUGUUGGAGGUCGUGAAGAAGGCUGAGGCCAAGAUGCUGGAGAAAGGGGAGAACAAGGAGUACCUGCCGAUCGACGGCCUGGCUGCGUUCAAGAAGGCGACCGUGGAGCUGCUGCUUGGCGCGGACAGCCCAGCGGUGAAGGAGGGCCGUGUUGCAACCAUCCAGUCGCUGUCUGGGACUGGUUCUCUGCGCGUUGCGGGCCAGUUUCUGUCCCGCUUCUGCUCUGGAAGGACACUGUACAUCUCCGAUCCCACAUGGGGCAACCACAAGGCAAUCUUCACUGAUGCGGGUGUGCCGUGGAAGACCUACCGGUACUUUGACCCUGAGACAGUGGGCCUGGACGAGGAGGGCAUGAUGGCAGACCUCAAGGCUGCGCCUGAAGGCUCAGUGGUGCUCUUGCAUGGUUGUGCUCACAACCCUACUGGAGUUGACCCCACAAAGGAGCAAUGGAAGCAGAUAUGCGAUCUGUGCCACGAGAGGCAGCUGCUGCCCUUUUUCGAUGUUGCAUACCAGGGCUUUGCAACAGGGUCCUUGGAGGAGGACGCCUUUGCCCCACGCUUGUUUGUGGAGGAGGGCCAUGACGUUAUUGUGUGCCAGUCAUACUCCAAGAAUCUGGGGCUGUAUGCUGAGCGCAUCGGAGCACUCAACAUCGUCGCUUCAGACAAAGACUCUGCUGCCCGCAUCCUGAGCCAGUUGAAGAAGAUCGCUCGGCCCAUGUACUCCAACCCGCCAGUCCACGGUGCUCGCAUCGUUACUGAGGUCAUUGGCAACAAGGACAUGUUCGAUGAGUGGAAGGGGGAGAUGGAAAUGAUGUCUGGCAGGAUCAUGACCGUGCGGGGAGAGCUGUACGACCACCUGACAAGGAUGGCACCUGAGAAGGACUGGUCCUUCGUGAAGAGACAGAUCGGCAUGUUUUCAUACACUGGCAUGACUCCAGAUCAGGUUGCAAACAUGACAGGGAAGCAUCACAUCUACAUGACCAAGGACGGCCGCAUCUCACUGGCGGGUCUGUCGUCGAGCAAGGCGGAGUACCUUGCUGCCGCCAUGGUGGACUCUGUGCGGAACUUCUGA